CUUCGGAUGGGUGGGACGCAUGCAAUAACUGCCCUGUUCACACUCCGGGACCCCUGAAGUACACUCGAGCCUCUCACUCCAGAGAGCAGCCAGUGCGGGAUAUAGCCCAUCACAUCCUAAGAUGCUACUCAUAGUCCUCGUCUUGUUUUUGUGUCCGGUUUUUCGGUGCCAAACCGAGGAUACUGAAUUGUCAGAUGUUGCAUUUGAAGAAUACACGAUCUCUGACGUGGAUCCAAAUGCGGCUCCUCUCAGAGUCGCGCGGCAGGUGAAAACGCUUCUGACGAAGGAAACUAAACCUCACAUUCAGGAGUUGUCCGUCCAGACCACCAUCAUUUCCCGCUAUGCUUUCACUGCGGUGUCGUGUAGCAUGCUCAACAGACACUCGGCUGCUACUCAGGGGGUCUUUCAGUUCCACAUCCCCACCGCUGCAUUCAUCUCCAACUUUACCAUGAUUGUGGGCGGACGAGUAUUUCCAAGCCAGGUGAAGGCCAAAGAGAAGACGAAGAAGGAAGGUGGAGAAAACAAUGGCAAGAAGAACAAGAACACAUCAGAGCAGAGUGAGGGUGAGAUGGAGGUGUUUCGAAUGGAAGUCACCAUCCCUGGACGCAACCGCGCUGUGUUCCUCCUGACCUAUGAAGAGCUGCUUCAGAGACGAUUGGGACAUUAUGAGCACGUGACUAGUGUGCGGCCAAUGCAAUUGGUCAGCAGACUCAGCGUGGGAGUUACUAUAGUCGAGCACUCUCGCAUUACGUACCUUGAAGUCUUACCCCUACGAAAUGGCAAAACUCAAUCUUCCAAUGGCAAUGGGAAAGCAGAUGGUAAAGUAGGACCACCAGUUCCCACAGUAGUCAAGCAAAAUGAAACCUUCUGCAAGAUCCACUUCACUCCCAACAUUGUCCAGCAGGCCAGGAUUGCGACCAACGGCAUGCUGGGAGAAUUUGUGGUGCGCUAUGAUGUAGAGAGAGAAAUUGGCAUUGGCGAUAUACAGGUGCUAGAUGGACAUUUUGUACACUAUUUUGCCCCCAAAGACCUGCCUGUCGUGUCAAAGAAUGUUGUAUUUGUGAUUGAUACCAGCGCUUCCAUGGUUGGAACCAAAAUCAGACAGACCAAAGAAGCUCUGUUCACAAUCCUACGCGAGCUGCGGCCCAAUGAUCACUUCAAUUUUGUCACUUUUUCCAAUCGCAUCCGUGUGUGGCAGGCGGGCAAACUCGUGCCAGUCACUCCCAACAAUAUACGUGAUGCCAAGAAGUUCAUCUACAUGAUCUCACCCACUGGAGGCACUGACAUCAAUGGUGGCAUUCAGACAGGCUCGGCCUUACUCCGUGACUACCUCUCCAGCAAAGAAGAGUCCCAUCACAACAGCGUGUCACUCAUAAUCUUCCUGACCGAUGGGCGGCCCACCGUUGGUGUGGUUCAGAGCCCGGUCAUCAUUGGCAACACCAAAGCAGCAGUGCAGGAGAAGUUCUGCCUCUUCACCAUUGGGAUGGGUGAUGACGUGGACUACAGGCUCUUGGAGAGGAUGUCCCUGGAGAACUGUGGAACCAUGAGGAGAAUCCCAGAGGAUGCAGAUGCCAGUGUCAUGCUCAAAGGGUUCUACGAUGAGAUCGGCACUCCGCUGUUAUCUGACAUCCGGGUGCAAUACUCUGAGGAUGCUGUGGAAUACAUCACCCAGAACCUUUUCACAAACUACUUCAAUGGCUCCGAGCUCGUUGUAGCCGGAAAACUGACCAAUCGCAGCUCAGAUCUGCUGCACGUUCAGGUUACCGCCAGCAACAGCGAGCGAAGUAUCGUGCUGGAGAAAGACGUGUCAAUACACGAGCGAGAGCAGGAAACUGACCGGCGGCUAGCGGAAGCAGAGGCCGGUCCAAACGCGAGGGAUUACGUGGAACGACUGUGGGGAUACCUGAGCGUUAAAGACGGGCUAAAAGGAAGACUGCGCAGUCAGACGAGCGCAGAGCGGGAAAAUUACAUGCAACAAGCUACAAAUCUUUCGUUAACGUAUAAUUUCCUUACGCCACUCACCCAAAUGGUAGUGGAGAAGCCACAAGUGCUGGUCGAUGGAACUUUAGCACAGACACAGAAAGAGGCAGAGGCCACCGAGGCUCCGCCCCCUGCUGAGUCAUCCAAUCAGCUGUUGGAAGACAACAACAGUUUAACGCCCCAGAGCCUGCACAGAAAUCAACCGCCCAAGCCGAUUUCUGCAGUCUCCAAGGCAACAAGUGGCGUCAGUAAACCUGCCAAAAAACCUGUGAUCUUAUCCAAAACAUCCGCUGAUGGCGACCCUCAUUUUGUGGUGGAGGUUCCUCACAGUAAACUGACAGUGUGUUUCAACAUUAAUGGAGAACCAGGACACAUUCUCAGACUGGUGACUGACCAUAAAAACUCAGGCGUGACUGUGAACGGAGCACUGAUUGGAGCUCCUGCUCCAGCCGGCAGUCAUAAAGAACAGAGGACAUAUUUCAGCACCAUAACUAUAGUAGCCAAUAAACCACACCGUUCUUACAUUGAAGUGACCCCACAAAAGGUCAUACUGGACGACCGGGACCGGAUGAUCCUUCCAUCCAGCGCCAGCAUUUCUGUCGAAACCGCAAACCUGGCUGUGGUCAUUAUUGCUAACACAAACGUAACAGUGACCAUCCAAGGAACUAUCCAGUUUGUCAUCUUAUUCCACCAUUACAAAAACCCAGCACCCUAUCAGCGGGACCACCUGGGGUUUUACAUCGCUAACAGCAAUGGAUUGAGCAAGGAUACGCAUGGGUUGCUAGGCCAGUUCCUGUAUGAAGACAUUGGAUUGACGCAGCUUCCUGGAAAUGUCAGCAUGGCCGGAGAAAACAGCACACAGGAAACACUAGGGAAAAAUAUCACUCUAACAAGUUACCCUGCCCUAAAGGUGAAGGAUCGCACGGUCACUGUCAUUAAGAAGAGCAGGCAAAUCUACUCUGGAAAACAGACUGUAGACUGCUGGUUUGCCAAAAACAAUGCGGCUAAACUGAUUGAUGGACAAUACAGUGAUUACGUGGUGUCCCAUCUGUUUGACACAGGAGACUGGGCUAAUGGAACCAACACACACUGAGACUAACACACACACACAUAUACUUCUACUGGACUGAUGGGUCGUGACCCAGAUAUAUUCACACAAACAACAUGAGCAGCGUUUUAAGUACAUGAUCUAUAUUCAGAAAUGUGUGAACAGGUUUAUUGUAGUAAUCUAAAAGAAAAUAUAUUGUAUAUGUUUAGUUAAUAUAAUAAGACUGUUUGGUAACACUUUAUUUUAAGGUGUCAUUGUUGCAAGUUACUUACUAUUAUAAUAACAAUAUUUUAUGCAUAAUUGCAUGCAAGUUAAUCCUAAUCAUAUAGUAGGCACAUGUAGUUAAUUAAUAUUACUCAGUACUCAAAUGCAUUAUUACACUGUAACAAUGACACCUUAAAAUAAAGUGUAUUAAGUGUAUUUUUAAAAAAGUGUGUGUUUUUUUUUUUAUUGUACUAAUGGAUAAGGCUGUUUUCUUUUUGGUAAAUAACAAAAAAGUAAAGGAUAAAGUAGUAUACAAUAGAUAGAUAGAUAGAUAGAUAGAUAGAUAGAUAGAUAGAUAGAUAGAUAGAUAGAUAGAUAGAUAGAUAGAUAGAUAAUCAAUAAAGAUCUCUAUAAUUAUUUUGAAAUAUUAUUUUAUUUUUAUUUAAAAAAACACAAAAUCAAACUUUUGAUUCAGCUUCAGUUCAAGAAAUAAAUUAAAAUAAAAAAAUGAAAUUAUUGUUAGGGAUGUAUGACAUAUUGGUACAAUAUCUGUUAUUGGUCAUUAUUAGCUUUUUAUAUAUGUAUAUAUAUUUGUAUGUAUACAUAUACAUAUAUAGAUAGAUAGAUAUGCCAUUUAUUGGUUAUGCAUAAUGUAGAAAUAAUCAUCUUAUCAGUUAUCUUAAUGACAUGCAUUCCUCUGAUUUACUAAUCUUUCAGAUGUUUAUUAAAGGUAAAUAAUUUCAACACGUUACUAAUGUUUUUUUUUUGUUUGUUUUUUUUGUUUGUUUUUUUUUUAUUGUAUGUAUUUUUCAAAUGCUAAAUUGCUUGAAAUAUGGUGUCUAAAUAGAUAAAUAAGUAGAGAAAUACUUACAGAACCUACCUUCGUAGAAAGUUGGUCAUUAUUGUGGCAAAUUGAAAGGGUCACUAUUAGCAAAGUGAAUGAAUGCUAAUGUUAAACAAACCUCAACAGCACAAAUAAAUACUGUCACAGUACCCUUUCAAAAGAUA